AUGGCGUCCCAAACAGAAGGCUUCGUUGCUGUUGAGAAUGCCAACAAUAAUAAUAAUAAGCCACCCAAGAAGAAACCAACACAACAUAGUAGUGACGACGAGGACGCAAAUGAUGAUGAUCCAACAAUGAACCAGCUUGUUGCUGAUCUAUGUGGGCAAGACGAUCCCGCCAGAAUGGUGCUGACUCAAGAAGAGCAUCAAUGGGCUGUGGCUGUCAAAACUGCCAUUGAAAAAAUCCCAGAUCUUGAUGAUUUGACGGAUUUUAUGUAUGCUCAGAUAGCCAUUGUUUCUCAAGGCAAUGGUCGGGAUGCCGUUGUGAGGGCGUUCCGGCUUCAAGAGCAUAAGAAAGACAACGAAAUAAUGGACACACUGGAUGACGCACUGAGGAAUUUGCCAAAAGAAUCUUACUUCAUCUCUAUUGACUACAGUCUUGAAUCUGGUGGCUACAUUGUUGCUUAUGACGUUGGAAAUUAUUCCAAUGGGGCCAUCUGGUUGAAUCCAGAGGAGACACGCUACUACAAUCGCCGGGCUUUCUAUGCCACCCACAUGGCAUUUUGUGAUUUGGAGGCACUCCGGGUUGGCGCUACUGUUCUUGCGGAAUGUGAGGGGUACCAGCUGGUCAAAGGGAAAACGUUGAGCUUGACUGGAUUUCAAAAUGUUUGGAAGAGUGUGCAUGCCUAUCCAAGAAAGAUUAAGCAAGUCAAGUUCUUUAAUCCUCCUCCACUCUGCAAGAUGAUGUUGUCAAUGGCAAAAUCAAUGUUGCCAAGAGAAGUCACAGCUACCUUCCAACUUUGUCCCAAGUGUCCCAUGGGUAGACUGGACCGGCUGUACUCUAUCCCAACCCCAGAAAUAGCAAGAGCAAGGUUGCAGGAACGAAUGAAAGGGCUUGUAAAGAAGCGAUAUGCCAAUGAGGCAAACUUUAGUCUCGACAAUCAUGCUCCUUCUUUGGAGGACGCUUGA